AUGUUUGACUGGCAGCGUCUUCCAGAGGAGUUGAGGCUCCUGGUGCUGGAGGCCCUCGCACGAGACCCGUACAGCGGCAGCAGGCGUGCCAGCUUGACCAACUACGCGCUUGUCUGCAAGACCUGGCAGGCGACCUUUGAGAAGUUGAAUUUCCAGCGCCUGGUCCUCCGUCAAGAUGAUCUGGAUGGCGUUGCGAUGCUCCCCAAGCGGUGCAGGCCCUACGUCACCCACGUCUGCCUUCGCAUCGAGCUCAACGAGUACGUGCCCUGGGCGGGCGGUGAGCUCGGUAUCUUCAGGCCAGCGAUUAUCAGACCCGAAAGGAUGGAAGACAUUGAGGCAAACAGCGAAAUCAUCGAAUUGGCCAUCGGGAAGCUCUUCCAUGGGCUCAAGGCUUGGGAGAAAUGGGCCAAGCCUGAUCAUCGUAUCACGCUGGAGAUAAGCUUCCAUUCGCCUAGUGACUCCAGAUACGUUGCCAAAGGCAUUCAUGCGAGGGAGCUGGACCGGGGACUGCCCUCGACGAGUGGCCUCAGGCGUGAGGGCGCUGCCGAUAGGAUCUUUGGUGGUUAUGUUCACAUCCAGUUCCACCAGCAGCUCCCUCGACUCAACAUGGUGAACCGAUUCAUCAUGCAGAGACACACACGCCGACAGCCCACUUCUUUCACGAUGCAUCAACUACUGUCCCGGUUUCCCGACCUGGAGGAGUUGGUCUUUGAGCCAUGGCAGCAGUUCCUGGACACGUCGCAGGACCGUGCCGAUGCAGGUUAUGUCAAGUUCUUGAAGGGCUCGCUGCCCAAAGGCCUGAAGCAUCUCACGUUCUUCGAGGAUCAUGAUGAGGAGAGGACGAACUUGAGCCUGGCAGAUGGUGUACCGGCUCGAGCGCCCAAUCUAUAUGUCAGUGCCGCCUUGGCGCAACGAAGUCUCAGGCUUGAGACUCUCGGGGCUUCAUUCCUCGUCGAUGCGAGUGAUUUCUUCCGAUCGUCCAAGCCAGAGUGGACCUGGCCAAACUUGCGGUCCCUGACGCUGACGUCGCAGCACCUGGAGUCUACGCGAAGCUCCUACGAGAUCAACGACAUGCUCAAGCUAGCGGCCCAAGUAGCGCUUGCCAUGCCGAAGCUCGAGACCGUGGAGAUCUGGAACGGGGGCCCGGGGCACGCGGCCGUCUUUCGGUAUAGCGGCAAGAAGGGCGGCGCCACCCUGGAGUGGAUUGGCACCUGGGAUCUCUUUAUCGACUCAGAAGCUGUUGAUGCUUGGGAAAUGGUGGCCCACAAGAGCCAUGGGUGGCGGAUGCUUGGUUUGGAGAAGCAUCUGAUCGAGGGCCCUCACGAUAUCCGCAGUCAUGGGGACGCCAUCCAGUUGCUCAAGACGAAGGAGCGGGUGCUUAGUCCCCAGAGCCUGGAUGAGGUGCAGUUUGAAGCCAAGGAUGGUUGCCUGUGCUUUCCAUAG